CAAGCCCACUUAGACUAAAUGGGUCUGCUUAUGGUAAAGACUGCGAACCAAUCUGUCCCAGCAGGAAGUCAAAUUGCCCUACUUUACUUUCCCUUUCGCACCUCUCCCAUCCGACGGCAGCUUUGACCAUAUGGCAUCGCCGGCGACGGCAGCGGUGGAGAACCUCCCCCAGGUCCUACUUCUGCUCCACCCUGCGGCCUUCACCAUCUUCGGAGAAGAGCACUUCACUUCCCCCAAGUUCCGGUUCUUGAAGGCCUACGAAUCCAGCCUUCCGCUGGACGAGUUCCUAGCCGCCAACGCUCGAUCCGUACGAGCACUCCUGGUCUCUGCCGCUACUGUUGUCGGCGCGGGCAUCCUCGACCUCCUGCCGGAGUUGCGAGUCAUCGUCACCACCAGUGCUGGGCUCGACCAGCUGGACCUGGCCGAGUGCCGCCGCCGUGGGAUCAGGAUCGCCAGCGCCGGGGAUAUAUACUCGGCCGACGUCGCCGAUUGCGCCGUGGGGUUGUUGAUUGAUGUGCUCAGGAAGAUCUCGGCUAGCAAUCGCUACGUCAAGAACGGGUUCUGGGCCACUAAAGGAGACUAUCCCCUGGGUUCAAAGCAGUUGCGGGGCAAGCGCAUUGGAAUAGUCGGACUGGGUCGAAUAGGGCUCCAGGUUGCCAAAAGACUCCAACAGGGCUUCGGCUGCACCGUUUCAUACAACUCCAGGAAGAAGAAGAACCCUGAUCAGGUUCCAUACCCUUUCUACCAAGACGUGCGGGAGCUGGCGGCGAACAGCGACGCCCUGAUCCUCUGCUGCGGAUUGACGGAGCAGACGCGGCACGCGGUCGACAAGGAAGUGCUGGCGGCGUUAGGGAAGGCAGGGGUGAUCGUCAACGUCGCUCGAGGCGCGGUGGUGGACGAGAAGGAGAUGGUGAGGUGCCUGGUGGAAGGAGAGAUCGCUGGUGCUGGGCUGGAUGUGUUCGAGGACGAGCCUGUUGUACCUAAAGAGCUGAUGGAGCUUGAUAACGUUGUGUUGAGUCCUCAUUCUGCUGUGUUGACCAGGGAAUCCAUGAUGGAGCUAGCCCGGCUUGUGGUGGGGAAUCUGGAAGCCUUCUUCUCGAACGAACCACUGCUGUCCGAGUAUGAGGAUGACUAAUUGCAGGAAUUGCAGGGGGGUGUUUAUUUGGUUUGUGUUGUACCGUUGGAAGUUGUAGCAAAUCCAAAUGUACCCCCGUCUUAUUUUGUUCUCACCGUUAUGAAAAAGAAUCAUUUGACGUUUUAUGCAUAUUUUAGAUCUCAUCUUAAGUGUUUUAUAUAUCUGUAACAAACGGAAAAGUUGUGACUAUAGAAAUGUAAUUUGCCU